UGGCGUCAUUUUUAUUGUCAAAUUUUCAAGGACAAAGAAAAUGCUUGUAAAUGGUGAAUCGUUUGUAAUUCGUUCAUUGCAUCGAAUAACAUGAAAAUAGCGUGCAACAUUUGCGUGGUGAACCGGUCGUUGCCGAAUUUGGCCCACCUAAAAAAAAAACAUGUUAAGUCGACACUGGCCUUAUGCAGACACCCCAAAAACAAGGAGUACUGUUUAAUGUUGUUCUCAGGGCACAAUAAAAACGGCACAAAGUACCCCGUUAAUCAGAAUAUCAAACAUGUCCUGACUAAGUUCAUACACGAGGGCAAGUGCACAAUCCAAAUAAAAAAUCCGGAGCAUGAUCUCUAUAUCCAGGGAGAUGCGAUACAAAUCAAGGGCUUUUUGCAUUUAUUUAAACGAGCUUUAGAAGGCAAAAUAUCUGACAAGGAACUGACUUGCUCGAGCAUGGCCGUGACGCCUAUUAAGGCGAAAGACAUAGCCCAGACUAAGCUCAUCAUUUCUAGGAGGUCUGAAUAUCCCAUUAAGGGUUUUCCAAGGACAUUGGAGGUAUUAUAUGUAAACAAUAUCGACAGAUGCGCCUUAGAUAAAGGUAUCCUGCAACUAUUUAAGUUAAGAGUGUUAAACUUAAGUGGCAACUUGAUAGAAUACCUCCCAAAUGAAAUUAACAAGUUGGCCUGCUUGAAGGAAUUGAAUGUGUCUCGCAAUUGUCUCGGCAAAGCGUCCUUGAGCCGGUGGUCUUGGAUAGGAGGGGAGUUGUGUAAGUCUUUAGUUCUUUUAGAUCUUAGUCGCAAUGAGCUAGGCUUUGUGCCCGACCAAAUUGCCAAACUACAUUCUCUGACUACCUUACACCUUAACGACAACCACUUGACCACUUUGCCCACCAGCAUUGGUAGUCUCAGACACUUGAAGGUGUUCUCAGCCGCUUAUAACAGGUUAACGAUUUUGCCCGGAAGUGUAAAGAUGCUUCGACUACAGUCAAUAGAUUUAUCUAACAAUAGAUUCGAGCAAAAUGUCCCGAACGGCGCGGGCAUUUUUCCGAGACCAUUGCCGGCGUGCUCGCUUAAAGAGUAUGCUGGUAAAAAAGUGUUGUGGGCUCGAAUCCCGUUCCCUCCGGGCUCAAUUCCCACUACCUUGAUCGAUUUUCUCGAUCACGCCAAGUAUUGUGUCUGCGGCAAGGCGUGUUUUGGCGUGUUCGUCCGACAUUCGCACAAUUUGCUGCUGUCCACCAUAUCCGAGAUGGUGAGCACUUCCGCCGACGAGACGGUCUAUGUGCCCAUCGACUGUCACUUUUGCAGCCUCAAAUGUUUCAGUUCCGCCUUCCACAAGAGGAGUCGAUACCCGAUCGUCAGGUAGGACGCGUUUGAUUUGAGUUAAAGAUGCGUGGUGUAAUAUCUUUGCCAUUAACAAUGUAAAAAAUCGUGCCUUACUAGGUUUAAGAUUUUUAAAAGAAGGGGUUGUGGCAUUUUUCAAGUAGUGCGUUUUUGGUGUCCUCCCCUCUUGAAGUGUGUUUUCGAUGACAUUUUUUGACCCCUUUUUGAUGAAGCUUUUGCUGAUCAGUGUUUCAUUGAUUUGAAUAAAUUAAAUUUAGAAAUAAGUUCAUCAAUUCCCGCGAUGGGAAUAUUUAUUGUUGAAUUGCUCGUAAAUCAGACAUAAGAUUAGUUAGGUUGCGAAUAUUUUUUGUACCCGUUUAGGGACAACAAAACCGAAAAACACAAUCAACAGUUUCUUUCUUGCUUUGUGGUCAGCUUAAUUAUUUACCCGAUUCUAAAAAGAAAAAUGGCUUCUUUUUUUAACAAACUUUUCGGCAUAGUCGUAAUAUAUUCUUCGCUCUUGAUAGGUACACACACAGUCACCUUUUUUCAAAUAUUUGUAGUAUUGUAAUUUUUCAGCAUUCUACGCAUAAUUUCUUCAAUGGCUUACAUGGACUGAUAAAAUUUUACGGUUUCUGACGUUUCUCUCUAAUUACUUAUAGGGAGUGAGUGAAAAGUAUGCUUAUGCUCCUGAAAUAAUUUUAAACAGUUAUAUAAAAAAAGUUUUUAUUAUAAAAAACGAAAACUUAAACCUAUAUAGAAAAUGUAGAAGUAUAUCCCAAUAUAUAAAAUUUUCAUGUAAUUUAAUAACAUGUCUUGACUUGGAAAAGUUGUGAUUAAUGAAGUCUGAUAGGAACUUUUAAAUUUUGCGUCACGAUCUGAAAGAAAGGGAAUGUCCAAAAAUAAAAAUAAAAAUAAAAUAUUGUUAUAGUUGUUAGAGCACAUUUUUCCAUAUGUUUCACUCACGCGAUAUAAGCGCUGACGUGUACUUUAAAAAGAGUUGUGAUUCGAUAUUGUGAUAACAUUAAGAUACCUGUCCUAUUUAUUGUAACUGCGUCUUUCACAAGUUGAGUUUCACGCGGUGCAGCGUGUUUCGCUUUGAAACCAUUCAGUGGAAGUGAUGUAAAUCGCUAUUUUUGUUGCUGUUAAUAUAUCAAUAAUUUAUUGAGCAAAUAAGCUCGUCAACAAGUGAAAUAUUAACAGCUGAAUUCUGUAACGGUUUCUAUUCUUCGCAACAGUACUCGUGAUCAGAGUUGUGUCAAUCGCGAUUGAUUCAGUCACUUUGAUUUAAUCACUUCUUAGGAUCGAACGACCGAAUUUCGCUUGUUCGUAACGAUUCGAUCACCUUGUUGCCUCCCGCUGCUGCCCUGAGCGGUCUGAAGUGACCGAAUACAGGACGACCGACCGAAUUCGCCGGAAUACGAUUCAUUUGAAUGGUUUAAGAUUUAAAUGCAUGACUGAGACAGGUCACGGAAAAGGAAUGGGAGUAUUGUUAUAAUUAUUCUAUAAUAUUGAGUUGCAACAUCGAUCUGUAGAUUUGCUGAUGUGUUGAAUUGAAUAUUGAAUGAAAUAUCUAUUUCCACACAGGUAUUUAAUUUAAACAAAUUAAUGUAUUACUGGUACAACCCAAUAUGUAGCACUAUUUUGAUAAAAUCAUGAUUCAAUAAAAAGCAGAACACAGCUAGAUGUUAUACUAACUAGAACAGAAAACCUAACAUAUAAACACAACAAUAAUUCAAAUGGAUCUGAAUCGGUCGUUCGGACUGUUCUGAUUCAUUGUCGUCUAUGUUGGCAUCAAAAAGUAUUGAAAUGAACGAUUGAUUGAAAUGAUUGGGUCCUUUUCGAAAUCGGUUACUGAUUGAUUAAGUCCUCGUAAAAUCAACGAUUGACACAACACUACUUGUGAUGAGUGAGGAAUGACGGAAUAACCAAGUAAUUUAUUAUUUCGCCCUCGUUUCUAUAUCGAUGUCAAUUUAUUUUUUGAUAAAGUCUGCAUAUUUAUAAAAGCCGGGCGUAACGAAGCUACUAGCGUGCUAUUUUCUAUUCCGUGACUUGCGUUGGAUCUGUGGUGUCGCUU